UCCCGCUGUCCCUGGCUCCGACGGGCAGCGGGAGCGGCCUGGGCGGCGGGCGCGGAUCGCGGGCACUCACCGCUCCCCGCCCGCUCCCCUUUCCGCGCUGUCCUGACAGCCGGGGCAGGAGACAGCGGCGGAGCCGAUCGGCAUCGAGACAAGCAUGGGAAAGGUUUCCCUGGCGCUCUGGUUGCGGCUGUGUGUGAGUAUUUUGGGAGCGGUGUCUGGGCAGGCUUGCGGCCCUGAGCGUUGUUUGUCCCCGGCAGGUCUCGGUGCUGUAUUUCGCCAGGAGCGCGGAGCUGGCGGGGCUGCGCUGCGAGACGCUCUCGGUGCCACAGGAGAUCACCUCUCUGCAGCUCUGGGAGGAGAUCGUCAAGGUCCACCCCAGGCUUGCUCUCAUCCGGGAUCAAGUAGUAUUUGCUGUUCGGCAGGAGUACGUGCUUCUUGGAGAUCAGCUUCUGGUCCUGCAGCCUGGGGACGAGGUUGCCAUCAUCCCACCAAUUAGUGGAGGCUGAACCUGCCCAGGUUCUGUUAGGUCUGAAGAUGUGAUUGCAAUUCUCUCCCUCCACCCCAGUAGUCUUUUGAGAAAACCCAACUUGUGUUUCCGUCUGUUUUUCUAUUGUGAUAUGGAAGAAAGAGAAGAUGCGCCAAAAGAUUUUAUCAAGCUCAAGUCGGAAAAGCUCUCUGUCGGUGAAGUGUCGGAGCUGGUUGUUUCACCAUACUGUGGGGCAGUGUCUCUGUUCAUUGGUACUACAAGAAAUAAUUUUGAAGGAAAAAAAGUGAUUCACUUAGAAUAUGAAGCGUAUACUUCAAUGGCAGAAACUGAAAUGAAGAAAAUCUGCAGAGAUGUUAGACAGAAAUGGCCUUCAGUCAAACAUAUUGCAGUGCACCAUAGACUUGGUGUGGUUCCAAUAACUGAAGCUAGUGUAAUUAUUGCAGUCUCCUCUCCACACAGAGCAGAAUCCCUUGAAGCUGUAAUGUACUGCAUCAAUACCUUAAAAGCAUCUGUCCCAAUAUGGAAAAAGGAGAUUUAUGAGGAUGAAUAUUCUUGGAAAGAAAACAAGGAAUGCUUUUGGGCAAAUUCAGAAAAAUAAUUGUACUCUCUUGAAAAUAAAGUGUUACUCUUCCUAA